AUGCAACCUGCUACGCUCCGUCGCCGCAAAGACCAAGGCAAAUACGACAUCGACUCUCUGAUAUCUGUCUUUGCCGACAGCUUUAUCUCUCAUGUCGCCUAUGUCUGUGAUGGACUUCCUCAAUGUCUUCCUAUGACUACUCUCAUCCAGAAAAAUGGGGAGGUAGCUACAGCAUAUCUGCACGGACAUCCAAGCUCAAAGCUCAUCGAGCUCGUGAGAAAGUCCGAUCAGAACAAGGAUAACGGGGGUUUGGAAGCAGACCAGAAGAGUGCAGUAAGAGUUUGUAUUACAUCGACGAAAGUUGAUGGUCUUGUCCUUUCAUCUGCCCCAAAUGGUCACGAAUUCAAUUACCGCUCCGCUGUUAUACAUGGAGUUUGUUCUUUGGUUUGUGAUCGGGCAGAGAAAACUCGCCUUAUGAGUUUAUUGACAAAUCAUGUUGUGCCUGACCGCUGGCAAGAUGUGAACCCUGUCUCGUCAUUUCAAAUCUCACUAGUCCAUGUGAUACGGGUCGAAAUUCUUAGCUGCAGCAUUAAAACUCGAAGUGGAAUCCCAAACAUCCAGCCGAGAAAUAUUGAAAAGGAUGGCCCAGAUCGUCUGCAGCCUGUAUGGACAGGUGUUGUUCCCCUCUAUGACGUUCUUGGAAAUCCUAUUGCGAGCGGAUUAACUGACGAUGCUUCAAUACCACCACGACUAUUACGCUACGUGGAGGAGAGGAACGAGAGUCACCGACUGCAUGCUGAGACUGCUGCAAGUACGAUACUAGAUUAG